UUUCAAGUUUCACGCUUCCGGUAACAAAUCGAAGCCGGAACAGACGCUAUAUCCAGCCUUUACAUCCUAUCUCCUGAAAGAAAUAUUUAGUGUUUUCUCUUGUGAAAUUAUGACUCUGUUAUAAGUCUGGCUCUUCUACACGGUUCUGCUCCUUGGGGCACUUGCAGCGGUUUCUGCACAAAAGGGUGCUGUCGGAUUUCUGUGUCCUUUAGACUGUUACAGAAUGUCGCAGGUUGGAAAACCUUUGACAUGAACUUGAUAAUAUCCUUCUAGGUUCCUGUGUGAAAGAGCUCACAGCAGGGGUUCUUACCAACUUGGUAGAAAAGGAUGGAUCAAGAAAUGCGGGAUAAGCUGUCCGAGUUGGUGGAGGAGUUGACUACCUCUGGAGAACCCCAGCUGAAUCAAGCAAAAAUGAAAGAAGUGAAGAAGAUUUGCAAGCUUUCCAAUGACUACAUCGAUCACUUCUAUCACCUCGUCAUGACCCAGCUAAAUCAGGAUCACGCUGAGGUUCGCUUCUCUGCCUUCCAAAUGGCUGCUGAGCUUUUCAGCCGUUCUCAUCACUUCAGAGCUCUCUUGGUCACUAACCUGCAGGAGUUCCUGGAGCUAACGGUAGAGACAGACGUUGAGCAGCCGUUGCCUCCCCCGAAAGAAGUAGCCAGGAAGCUGAAGACCCAAGCCAUCCAGACUGUACAGGCCUGGCAGACCACGUAUGGGGAAGCCUACAAGAAGCUGGCUUUGGGUUAUCAUUUUCUGAAGCAAGUUAAAAAGGUAGACUUUCAGGAUGUUGAAGCAAGAACACUGGCUGAGCGACGGAGACGGGAGGAAAAACAGCAAAGACUGGAGCGAAUUUAUAAGGGAAAGCUUGAAAAGGCCAAGCAAGAGAUGGAAGAAAUGGCUUCCGAAAUUGAGGAAUCUCUGACCGAGAUGAACAACUGCAUGACCUUGAUCAUGCCAGACACUUUCAAUUUUUUUAGCCAAGAACUGACAGCGGUCAGUGAGACGAGCACUGAAGUUAGUCUCCAGGACACGGAUGUCUGUGAUGAACAGCCUUGCUGCAGCAAAGACCUUAACAAAGAGGGUGGAAGGAUGGCAGGGGCAACUAAAGGUGACGAGGAAAAAGAGGACUCCAGUGCAGAGAGCGACACGGAGGAGGGUGUGGACGAGGAUGUGUUCAUCCGCAGCUCUGGGCUGAUGUCCCACACCUAUCGGCUAGAUCUGAAGGUGUCCUCAGAUUUGAAUGUGAAAGAGACUGAGGAGAAUGAAGCAGUAGUGAACACCAUGAGAGAUCUGCACAGACUCCUCAGUAGUAGAUACCUCCCUGCCAUCCAAUCCUGGAUUCAGGUUUUUACAAAAGUUGGUGUGGAGGAGCAGCUGAUGAGGCGAGCCACGGACCUAAAAAAAUCUCUCGAGAUGGUUUUGAGGAAACAUGAUGAGCUUCAUAUAGUCUACAAAGCAAGGCAGAGAAGAGUGUUAAAGGCUGGAGAGGAGGACGACGAUGAUGACGAUGAUUUUGAAGAGGUGCCGGAGAAGGAGGGUUAUGAGCCACAUAUCCCCGAGCAUCUGCGGGCCGAGUACGGUCUUGAUCCGAUAUCUUCUCCAUCCACCUCUGUGGCUGAACUAAAGCCAUCAAAGCCAGUGGAGAGACCUAUAGCUCCACCCAUGCCCUCAACUCUCAGCCGGCUUAAGAGCAGGAGAUAUGAAGAAGAGCUGGACCCUACAUGUGCAGCUGCCACGCUGCGUAUCCUAAAAGAGAAAGUGGCCACGGCAACAUGUACAAGUGUGUCUGGAGGCUCUCCUGAACCCGCCACGAGCUGCAGCGGUGAACAGACGGAGGAGAAGGAGAAAGCUCCUGUUGUUUCAUUUGGUCUGGACCUCUACUACUGGGGAGAGGAGCAACCCACAGCUGGCAAGAUCAUCAAGAACAUCUCCCAGCACCAGUUCUGGGUGCCUCACGAAGUGGAGGAGGAGGUUGAGAACGAAGAGCUGUCUGCACAGAUGAAGUCCAGGUACAUUACCUUUGCUGGACGUUUCCAACCUGUAGAGCACAAGUGCAAAGCCCCGCUGCCUAACGGCUCAUUGUGUGAACGCCAGGACAGAGUCAAGUGUCCGUUCCAUGGGUUAAUAAUUCCUCGGGAUGAGAUCGGGAGGCCAGUUAAUCCAGAGGAUGCAGCUCGUCUGGAGAAGGAAGAGUAUAAACGCAGAGAGGAGCAGCCAGACUGGCGAGACCCAGAGCUCAUGAGGGAGAUUGAAGCAGCUACGGGUGAAGAUCUGGGCUCUUCUAAAACUUACGGAAAAGGCAAAAAGGCUGGGAAAGGAAAGGGAAAGAAAAGGAAGCAUCCCAACCUCACAGACCUGAAGCAAACCGCCAAUACUUCUCGCUCAAGGCUAGAAAAGAAGGUCUUUAAUAAGAGCUCCAUGAAACGAAUAGCGGCGGUGAUGAACAAGAUGGACACGAGGAAGCAUGAGAAAUUCGCCAACCAGUUUAACUACGCGUUAAAAUAAGAUGCAAGAUAUUCUCCUGUCCUCAAAACUGUGAUCUCAGCUUGACCGAAGUGUAAAAAAAAAAAAAAAAGCUAAUGUUCAUGGUUUUAUUUCUAAAAAUGUGAAAUUAAAUAAUAUUUAAACA